AAUUGAUGAAUAGUCGUUUCACACGGAGUAAAUUGCUUCUUUUCUCUUACUUUUUUUUGUGAUUUUGAUGGCAAUUCUCUGAGUGUUUAAACAGAAAAAAAAGUGAUUGAACUAUAUUUUCUCUUUCUUUCUUUAUUCUAAACAAUGGAAAUAAAUAAUGACGUUUGUUCGCUUGAUAAAAUAAACCAAGACAGUUUUGUCCAAUAUCUUAAAUCCCGCCAUCAUGCCAACUUGGUAUUUUCUCGAGUCAGCGAUGGUAUCCUUAUUGCUAUGCGCUCUGGUGUGGGUCAGUCCUUUGAAGAUUCUCAAGCAUAUGCUGCUGAAUACAAGAACACUUUAGUCACAAGUACUUUACCGCCUCAUGUUUUCCAAAUGGUCAAUCAAGUAUAUCUUCAUAUGCGAAGAACAAGCAUAGAUCAAUCCAUACUAUUAAGUGGUAGCACAGGCAGCGGAAAAACUGAAAUAUGUAGUUUGAUCCUUUCUCAUCUUGUAGCCCUCAGUAAUUCUAAAAAGGAAUCCAAAAUCCAGACUCAAAUACUCCAUACGCAGACCAUUUUAGAUGCAUUUGGACAUGCAAAAACAUCCAUGAAUCACCAUGCUUCUCGGUUUGGAAAGUACAUGGAACUCCAGUUCAAUGAACGGGGUCGAAUGGUGGGAUGCAAACUCUUGAAUUAUCUGUUGGAUAAGAAAAGAGUGGUUGAUCAAAAGACGACGGAAUGCAACUUUCAUGUGUUUUAUCUGCUUUUACAAGGCGCAUCAGCACAAGAAAAAUCAGCUCUUUUCUUACAAGAUCAUGUUACUUAUCCAUACACUAGACAAACAAGACCCUUUUCCUCUGAAGAAAGCAAAGAGCGAUAUGAAUCACUCAAGGCAUCCAUGAAGUAUCUUGGACUGGGCAAAAAGCACCAUGCAGGCAUCAUGCAGUUGAUUGCUUCUAUCUUACAUUUAGGACAACUUCAAUUUGUUGACGAUACAACCCUACAAGAAGCAGCUAUUGUAAAGAACUUGGAGACAUUAGAACUUGUCUCUGAAUUUCUGGGUGUAGAUCCAAGAGCUCUGGAGAACGCAUUGACUUACAAAACAACACUGAUCAAAAAAGACACGACGACGCUGAUUCUGAAUGCAGAACAGGCUGCUUUUCAAAGAGAUCAACUUGCUAUUGCUCUCUAUUCUCUUUUGUUUACCUGGUUAAUUGAACGUAUCAAUGCCAGACUAUGUCAUGACAAGUUUUUUACAUUUAUCAGUAUUUUCGAUUUGCCUGGAUGGUCCAACACAGAUCAAGCAGCCCCUUUUGAUACAUUUUGCCUGAAUUAUAGUCAUGAAAGAAUACAAGGUCAUAUUUUACACUAUAUCUUUGAGACAAGUGGCUCAGAGUAUACAGCAGACGGGUUUCAAUUGCCUGUCAUUCAGUACACGAAAAACACAGCAUGCAUAACCUUGUUUGAUCAACCUCGUCAUGGAUUGAUCGAUAUCUUGAAUAAGUUUUCGCGUAAAUUGGACAGUGAACCUAAUGAUCAAGCUGUGGUAGAGACAUGGACCAAGUAUCAAACAAACAAUACUGUUUUUAAAAGACUAAAUACAGACUUCAGUCUCUUCACUAUUCAGCACUUUGGUGGGACUCAGCUUUAUCAAAUAGAAGGGUUUAUUUCAAGUAAUCGAGAUGCCCUUAACUCUGAUUUUGUAUCUCUCUUUCGAGGUAGUUCAGAUACACCUCCCUCAACAAACAAUCUCUUGAUCAGCUUGUUCGAAGACACCUCCAUUUUCACUGAAACACAUCCAAAGAACAUAGACGCCAUCGUAAAUGCACAGCAAAUAAAUCAACCAAGUCGUAAACCUUCCAUGCGUCCUCGUACCAAUGAAGCCACUCAAGAAAAACAACAAAAAAAACAACAGACAGUUCUAGCACAAUUUUGCUCUUCACUUGAUGAUUUAUUGACCACAUUAAACGAUACCAUGCCAUGGUUUGUGUACUGUAUUCAGCCUCAUCCAAAAUCUGCUACCUCGCCCACACCUUCUGCAGGCUUUGAUACACAGUUUGUUCGAGCUCAGAUUCAAGCGAUGAAUUUGGUACCCAUUGCUCAACGGUUGCAAGUAGAAGCUUACAUGAAUAUAUUCACUCAUCAAGAUUUUUGUGAUCGAUACACAGAUAUAUUGCAACUAGAUCCUCGUAUGUCAGCUCGUGAUAAUUGUCAAGCCAUCAUCGACAUGUAUCACUGGCCAAGAGAACAAGCUGUAGUUGGUCAUUCCAAGAUCUUUUUAAGCGAUAAUGCAUGGCGAAGUCUAGAAGACAGAUUGCGUAUUACUGAAAAGGAAAGUCAACGAAAACAAAGAGAUGAAUCAAAACCUGGGCUCGUACAGUCCCGAGCAUUACUUGCUGAAGAGAACAUAUCCUUAGCUGACCAAGAUAGGCGUACCAUGGCUACUUCCUAUGGAUUGAAGCCUUCAGCAGAUAAACCCAUGAUGUCAAACUAUAGUCUGUAUUCAGAAGACCAGCGUUCGUUUGUUUCUGAAGAGCCCAACUCAAGUCCUUAUGAAACGGAAUCUCAACUGGGUUCAGAGAACUUUUAUAAUUCUUCUAGCUUUCUCGAGAUAAAAAGGAUGCCCUUGGAGACUGUAGAAGAAGUGCAAGAGCAAGAAAAAGAAGAGGUGACAGGUGUGCGUAAACGAUGGCUGAUGUUUGUUUGGUUUAUGACUUGGUGGAUUCCUACUCCCUUUAUGGUCUGGUGUGGACGCAUGAAGCGAAAAGAUAUUCAGAUUGCUUGGCGAGAGAAGUUUACUUUGUGUCUGAUCAUUUUUUUCAUGUCUGCUUUUGUGAUUUGGUUUCUUGUGUUUUUUGGUAAACUUGUAUGUCCUCAUCAAGAUGUGUUUUCGCUAUCCGAGCUUCAAGCCCAUAGUAAAGCAGAAAAUGCCUAUGUGGCUAUUCGUGGUGAAGUAUUUGAUCUGACCAAAUUUGCACCCCAUCAUUGGGCAAGCCAAGUCAUCCCCACGGAUGCAGUGAUGUCUUAUGGCGGCAAAGAUGCAAGUGAUCUUUUCCCUGUUCAAGUAUCCGCUUUAUGUGAAGGCGUAAAUGGCGAUGUAUCUGAUUUUGUAUCGCUGGACUAUCAUUUUAAUUUGACAGACACCAAUUCAAAUUACCAUGAUUUUCGUGCUUGGACAAGCGAUCCGCGUCCAGAUUGGUAUUUCGAAAAAAUGAUUUAUAUGCGCAAGAACUAUAAGAUCGGUACCAUGGGCUAUACAGAUAAAGAUGUCCAUCGGCAAGCAACGGAGCCUGUAGACGUAGGUGGUGUCAAGAGUACCAAAGUCUGGGCUAUCUUGAAUAGAAACAUUUAUGAUCUUACUUAUUAUGUAAGCGGUGGUCGUCGUAUCCAAGUACCAGAGGGCAUGGGUAUUCCUAACAAUGUGGAUACCAACUAUAUGUCAGAUGUCGUCGUCAACUUGUUUCGACAAAAAUCUGGAGAGGAUAUCACUCAGUAUUGGUCUGCUUUACCUUUAGACCCUCAAGUACGACAUCGUCAAGAAGUCUGCUUGAGAAACUUGUUUUAUGCUGGCUCGCUUGAUGAGCGUAAUUCGCCACGCUGUGUAUUUUCAGAAUAUUUACUUUUGAUUGUCACUGUCUUCUUGUGUCUAAUCAUUGUUUUCAAGUUUUUGGCAGCUCUUCAGUUCUCAACAAGACGCAUGCCACAAAGCUUUGACAAGUUUGUGAUCUGUCAAGUUCCUUGCUAUACAGAAGGCGAAGACGAAUUAAAAAAGACAAUUGAUUCUAUUGCAGCUCUACAGUAUGACGAUAAGCGAAAACUCUUGUUUAUCAUUUGUGAUGGUAUGAUUGUCGGUGGAGGUAAUGAUCGACCUACACCUCGUAUUGUCUUAGAUAUUCUGGGUGUUGACUCACACAUUGAUCCUGAACCACUCUCUUUCUUUUCCAUUGGUGAAGGUCAAAAACAACAUAAUAUGGGCAAGAUCUAUUCUGGUCUUUACGAAUGCCAAGGUCAUGUUGUUCCUUAUAUUGUUGUCUCCAAAGUGGGUAAACCAAGUGAACGUCAAAAGCCUGGAAACCGUGGUAAGCGUGACUCUCAAUUGAUCUUGAUGCGCUUCUUGAACAAAGUACAUUUCAAUGCGCCCAUGACGCCUAUGGAACUAGAAAUGUAUCAUCAGAUAAAAAAUGUGAUUGGUGUAAAUCCAAGCUUUUAUGAAUUUGUAUUGAUGGUGGAUGCAGAUACUGAAGUUGAAGCAGAUGGACUCAAUCGACUUGUGUCUUCGUUUGUACAUGAUGCAAAGAUCAUUGGCUUAUGUGGUGAAACGAAGCUGUCAAAUGAGAAAGAUACUUGGGUGACAAUGAUUCAGGUAUAUGAAUAUUUCAUUUCGCAUUAUAUGAUCAAAGCGUUUGAGUCCCUUUUUGGAUCCGUUACUUGUUUGCCUGGCUGUUUCUGUAUGUAUCGUAUUCGAUCACCUACCAAAAAUCAACCUUUACUCGUAUCCAAUCAAGUGAUUGAGGAAUAUCAAGUGAACAGAGUAGACACAUUGCAUAAAAAGAACUUGUUGCAUUUGGGUGAAGAUAGAUACUUGACGACACUUAUCUUGAAGCAUUUUCCUACUUACAAGACCAAGUUUGUUCCUGAUGCAAAGUGUGCGACAAAUGCGCCUGAUAGAUGGUCUGUCUUACUCUCUCAGCGUCGUCGAUGGAUCAAUUCUACUAUUCACAACUUGGGAGAACUUGUCUUCUUGCCUCAAUUAUGUGGUUUUUGUUGUUUCUCUAUGCGAUUUGUUGUUAUGCUAGACUUGAUUAGUACAUUAGUACAACCAGCCAUUGUAGGUUAUUUGGUCUAUCUGAUCUAUACGUUGGCUACUUCUUCAAAUAAUGUGCCUCUCAUGUCUAUCAUUACAAUUGCCGGUGUCUAUGGUUUACAAGCAAUCAUUUUUAUUAUGCACAAGAAAUGGGAGCAUAUCAUUUGGAUGAUCGUCUCUAUUUUUGCUAUUCCCGUAUUCUCGUUUUAUAUUCCUAUUUAUGCAUACUGGCAUUUUGAUGAUUUUUCAUGGGGUAAUACCCGUGUCGUUCUUGGGGACAAGGGCAAGAAGUUAGUUGUGGGUGCAGAUGAAGGCAAGUUUGAUCCCAAAUCAAUUCCUACUAUGACUUGGGACAAAUAUGAAGAGGCUCUCUACGCUGAAGAAUGGAACCAUAACAAUGAUGCUAUGUCUGUAGGUUCAAAAGGUUCAUAUCUUACGCAUGGAAGCUAUGCGAGCUAUGCGAGUAAGCAAUCACCACAUGCGAAGUCCAAUUAUGCAUCAAGUCAAUUUUCUUACGGCCAAAUGAUGGCUAACCAAUCAGCCAGCGCUUUGCCUGUUCAAAAUAACCAUUUGUCGUUUAUAUAUAAUAGAUCUUACCACUCUCUUGCGAGUGGUAUUAAUAAUCCUCAGUACAUUUAUAGUCCUACAUCUCCUCUUCAUCGAUAUGAAUAAACCAUCUUGUUUUAGUUUAAAGAACUAUUUUUUUACUUAUUCUUUUUUUAGUAUUACGUUACAAAGCUUUUGUCUUCCAAUAAAUACCGAGUAAAAGAAAACUCCCGAGUAUUUUUUUUAGAGUGAAUUAAUCAGACAUGAAUACUA